AUGGAAGAAAAUGUUGAAAAAAACCUUCUUGUAAUAUUUACACAAAGUAUAUCCAACAAUUUUGAAGAAAUAAGAUCGAGUGAACAAAAAAUAAGUGCAAUAUAUACCGACCCAAAUAAAGAAAAUUAUAUUAAAAUUCUUUUUAAACUAAUUAUGUAUCCAUAUAUUGAAGAAAAUGAAAAAAAGAAUAUAUAUGAUAACUAUUUAAAUAUAAAUGUUAAAACAAGCAUAUUAAUAAGUAUAAAAAAUUUUAUAAAAAAAAGUAUACAUAGUAAUUUAGAAAGUUUAGAAAUAAGUAAUGAUUUAUGUAUAAUUAUAAAACAUUUGUGUAUACAUCUAUUGUUAGACAUAAAUAACAAUGAUAUCAAACAGUUGAAUAAAUAUUUAUUCGAAAUAUUAAUGCAUUUGUUUAAGUACAAUAUAUCAGACGAAUAUGAUUAUAUUAUUUUUUAUCUCAUUAUAUUGUAUAUAAAUGAUGGCGAUUUUAACUAUAUAUUAAAUAUUCUUAAUAAUGAUGAUAAAAAAAAUAAUAUGAAUGCUAUGAAAAAUAUAGAAUGUAUUAUAUUGUAUGCGCAAAAUAAAUAUAUUUUACAAAACAUAAAUCAGAAUAAUUAUAAUGUUGAAUUUAACAAAAUUAUGGAAAAUAUAAAUAAUAUUAAAAAUAUUAUAAACAAUCGAAAUACUACAAUGAAUGAUGAUAUAGUAAACUCUAUUAAUAAUACAAAAAAAAUAUAUAAAUCAAACGAUAAACACAAUUUAUUUAUUUUAGAUGAUUAUAUGUUAUAUAAUAUACCUAAAGACAGCACUUCUUUACAAACAAAUAUAACAAAUUGUGAAACAAAUUCUGAACAAUUUAUUAUAAACGGUUUAAAUUUUAUGGGGAAAGGAAUAAUAAUUAAUGAUUAUAAUAAUAAUGCAAAUAUUAUUGAUUUGGUAAAAUUUAAUAAUUCUAAUUCAAUUUUCAAAAAUAUGGAUGUUAAUAAAUUUAAAAGUAAAUAUAUUGCUUUAAAAAUUUUAAGAAAAAUUAUAAAAAAAUAUAAAGACAAUGGUUAUGUAGCUAAAUUUGAUAUCAAAAUUAUUUUGACACAUAUUGAAUAUCCAUUAACAUUAUAUUUUAUAUAUUUGUAUAAUAAAUUUAGAGAAUACACAAAUUAUAUAAAUAUAAAAUUAAAUGAACAAAAAAAUGGAUAUAACACAAAUAUUGAUCAAGAAUUAAAUAUAUGCUUUUACACAAUUAAUGAUAUAACUAUGAAUAUAUAUAUUUUUUUAAAAUUUUUUUAUAAUAUUAAUACUAUAGAUUUACCUGAAUAUUAUGAGGAUAAUUUUGAUAUAUUUUUCAACAUAUUUUAUAAUUUGAUAACAUAUGAUAUAGAAGUUUUAAAAAAUUAUUUUUUACAUCUAUCUAUAACCAGAAAUUUUAAAUUUGGACAAAAUGAUUCCACUAAAUAUAUAACAAAUAUUCAUAAUAUUGAUGGAAAAAAUUAUAUUCUAAAUUUAAAUGGAUCGGACCUUGCUAACAAACUAACAUCUAAUAAUUAUAUGGAUAAAUUAAUAAAUUAUUUUGAACAAAAUAUAUUAAAAUGUAAAAUAAUAAUAAUAGAUAUUAUUAAAAUUAUAUCUGAAAAAUAUCAAGAUGAAUCUAAAGAAUAUAUUCUUAAAUUAAUUUAUUCAUUAAUAGAUAUAUUAUAUAAAGAAAAAGAUAAAUCAUUGUUAUGUCAUAAUUAUAAUUGUUUAUCAUCUACUAUUAAAUUAAUUUAUCAUAUGCAUUUAGAAAAAAGUGAUUUAAAUCCAUACAAAGAAAUUAAAUUUUUAGAAAAAGUUAUAGAACGUGUACUUCAACAUAUAAGAUUAAAAUAUAGUGAUAUUGAAGAAAUUUUAGAAGCAGAUUUAGAUUAUUUUCGAAAUGAUUUAAAUAAUUUUAAUGCAUUUUCCAUAAAAUCAACUGCUAUAUAUUUUCUAAAAACAUUAUGUAGUAAUUAUUUUGAUAUAUGUUUUCCUAUUUUAGAAUAUAAAAUAUUAUCAAAAGAUUCUUUUCUUAUAUCAGAUACAAAACAAAACAAACAAUCACAAACAUUUUCCCAAAUAUCAGAAUCAACAACUAUUAAUGAUGAUAUAGAUUCCAAUAAUCCAUUUUAUGAAGCAUGUAAUAUGGAAUAUAAAAUACAACUUAUAACAUGUUUAAAUCAAAUAAAUCUAUCUACAAAUUUUUAUGAACAUAAUAUAAAAAAUGAUUUAAAAAAUUUUAUUAUUUCUAUAUAUAUGAAAUGUCCAAAUUUUGAUUCACUAUUUUUCAAUGUUAAUGAUAAUAUUUUUCAAAAUAAUCAAACAAGUAAAAUAGAACAAAUGUCUAAUAUUAAUAAUAAUUCAAAUUCAGGAAAUGUAUUAAAUAAGCUAAUUUGGUUAAAAAAUGAAGAUAUAUUUAAUUCAAAAAAUACGAUAUAUUUAUUAUCUAUUCUUAAAUUUAUAUUAAAUAAUAGAAAUAUAUGUACAAAACAGGAUAAUAUUGUAGAUAUAUUUUCUUUUUUAUAUCAUUUACUUUAUAAUGAAAGAAAUAUGAUACAUAACUAUUCUUGUUUAUGUAUAAAUCGAUUAUUAAAUUGUCAAAUAAAUAAAGAAUUGUUAGAUGGAAUUUAUCAAAAUCUUAUUUUAAAUAUUUUAAAUAGAUUAUUAUUUUUACUAAAAUAUAAUGUGUAUAAUAAAAUAUUAAAUGAAUAUAUAUUAAUCACAAUUUUAAGAAUAUUUAUGAAUUAUUCAGAAAAAUUGUCAAAUCAAUAUAUUAUUCUAGUACUUGAUCUUAUUGACAAUACAAUUAAAAUAAUUAUUAAUGAUUCACAUAAUCCUAUUUUUAAUCAUUAUCUAUUUGAAUUAUUUACUUUAAUAAUUUCUUUAAUUUAUAAACAACAAAAUCAAACAUGUAUAAAUAUAGUUGAAAAUGCUAUUAUUUCAACUUUUUCGAAAAUUUUGGAAUUAUAUAUUCAUGAUUUUAUUCCUUAUAUUUUUCAGAUAUUAUCUAUUAUUAUAAAUAAUACAAAUCAAAUUAAAAAAGUACAUUUAGAUAUCCUUUCAAAUUUAUAUCAAAUAGACUUGUGGAAAUGUACUGUUGGAAAUCCAAAUGGAAUUAUAUGUGUAUUAACUAGCUAUUUUAAAAAACAUAAUUUAUUUCAAGAUAUUAUAAAAAAUAAUAUGCAACAAUUAUUUAAUAUAUAUCACUAUUGUAUUUCUAACAAAAAGAUAUCAAUCGAUUCAUUUCAAAUUAUUUUAAUUAUUUUUACUUACCUUCCGAUUGAAUAUUACCAAUCUUUUCUUAAGCCCCUCUUUGUUUUAUUAUUUACAUUUUUACAACAAUAUAAAAAUGAUAUAAUUAAAAUAAAAGUUAUUCAUUCCCUUUCAGUUUUUAUUCUCAAAACGGAUGUAACUCACUUUCUUUCUAUAAUAGAUCAAGUUCAAAAUGGAUUAAUAUUCAAUGUUCUCAAAAGUUUAUAUAUGCCGAUUAUGGACAAACUUAUAAACAUUAAUGAAAAAAUUAUAAUUUUUAUUGCACUUACAAAGAUAAUAAAUAAUGAACAAAUAAAAAGCAACCCGCUUAUUGUUGAAAUCCUUAAUUUAUUGGAUAAAAAUAUUACAAAAAAUGAACUUGUUAUGAAAAAAAGUAAAGUACAGCAAAAUCUUAGUAUUGAGAAGGAUGAAGUUGAUAAAGAUUUUGAAGUUACAUAUGUUAAAUUGCAAAUGAUAAAUAACGAAAAUAUAAACGAAACGGUUUUGCGAGACAUAGACAUAAACACAGAAUUAAAGAAAAAUUUGUAUAACCCCGAAUUUAUGCAAAUUUGUAGUUCAAACUCAUUCAAUAAUAUUAUUCAACUUUUUAACAACUAA